UGAGCUCAUGGACCCAUGUGAGCAAGCUUGGAUUGCAACACAUGCACCAGCAGCCGCGGCGAAGAAAGAAGCCGGUUUCUACGUCACAUCUGGGAGCUGGGGCUGCUUCCUUUGAAAGCGGGCGUUGAGCUCCACACGGAGGGCCGAGGAUAAGGGGGGGGACAGCUCUAUCGGCUUUAGACAGCAGGAGGAGAGAAGAUGGCGGACGAUCCGAGUGCGGCAGACAGAAACGUGGAGAUCUGGAAAAUCAAGAAGCUGAUUAAGAGCUUGGAGGCGGCCAGAGGGAAUGGCACCAGUAUGAUCUCUUUAAUAAUUCCUCCAAAAGACCAAAUUUCAAGGGUGGCCAAGAUGUUGGCGGAUGAGUUUGGUACAGCAUCCAACAUCAAGUCUCGUGUGAACCGCCUUUCCGUACUGGGAGCAAUUACAUCUGUGCAACAGAGGCUUAAACUCUAUAACAAAGUACCACCAAAUGGCUUAGUUGUUUAUUGUGGAACAAUUGUAACAGAAGAAGGAAAAGAGAAGAAAGUUAACAUUGAUUUUGAGCCUUUCAAACCAAUCAACACAUCUUUGUACUUGUGUGACAACAAAUUUCAUACUGAGGCUCUCACAGCUCUACUUUCUGAUGAUAGCAAGUUUGGCUUCAUUGUAAUAGAUGGUAGCGGGGCACUUUUUGGAACGCUGCAAGGAAAUACAAGAGAAGUGCUACACAAAUUCACUGUGGAUCUUCCAAAGAAGCAUGGUAGAGGAGGGCAAUCUGCUUUGCGUUUUGCACGUCUAAGAAUGGAGAAGCGUCACAAUUAUGUCAGAAAAGUAGCAGAAACAGCUGUUCAGCUCUUUAUUUCUGGUGAUAAAGUAAAUGUAGCUGGACUUGUGUUGGCUGGGUCAGCUGAUUUUAAAACGGAGCUUAGUCAGUCAGAUAUGUUUGAUCAGCGAUUGCAAUCUAAAGUCUUGAAAUUAGUUGAUAUAUCAUAUGGCGGAGAGAAUGGCUUUAACCAAGCAAUUGAAUUAUCAACGGAGGUCCUUUCAAAUGUGAAAUUCAUCCAAGAGAAGAAGCUAAUAGGGAGAUACUUUGAUGAAAUUAGCCAGGACACAGGCAAAUACUGUUUUGGUGUUGAAGACACACUAAAGGCAAUGGAAAUGGGAGCUGUAGAAAUUCUGAUAGUUUAUGAAAACUUGGACAUCAUGAGAUACGUCUUGAGAUGUAGUGGAGUUGAAGAGGACAAGGUUCUCUUUUUAACUCCAGAGCAAGAAAAGGACAAAUCACACUUCACUGACAAAGAGACUGGACAAGAACAUGAGCUAAUAGAGAGUAUGCCUCUACUAGAGUGGUUUGCUAAUAACUACAAAAAAUUUGGAGCAACACUGGAGAUUGUUACAGACAAGUCACAAGAAGGAUCUCAAUUUGUAAAAGGAUUUGGUGGCAUUGGAGGUAUCUUGCGGUACAGAGUUGAUUUCCAAGGAAUGGACUACCAAGGUGGAGAAGAUGAUUUUUUUGACCUUGAUGACUACUAGGUAGUCGACAUGGGUCUGGCAAUGUGUGCCUAACCCUCCAGCAUCCAACCCAAGAAGAAAUUUUGUGGUGAAAGACAUACAUGUCCCUGCCUUAGAAUUUGAACAUUUCCAGUACUUUGUCUAAUAAGCAUUGGAUAUAAGAAAUAAAAUUCUGUUUUGUCAUAAUGUAGAGUGAAUGCAUCUGCAAGGUUCAUUCAUGCCGCCUGGACAUGUUUGACAAAUCAGUUUUUACUUGAGAAAUCAGUUGAUCUUGUAUUCUAUUAUUUUUUAUCUUUAUACACAGGCAGAAACAAUGCUUCAGAUAUCCAUGCAAAUUAACACCAUUUUUAUUUUUAUUUUUAUUUUUUAUUCUGCAUAAUGGGAAAACUGUCAAAUGUUAUAUUGUGUUUGGAUCUUGGGAUAAACGAUGGGACUAGCACACAUUUUAAAGUUUAAAAUUGUAUAGCAGACAUUUGCAAAAUAUAUUGUAAUCGAUUUGUGCUGCUUAAUUUGGAGGGAAAUACUAUCCACUGACCUUGGAUUAAAAAAAACAAUGCACUAUGUCCCAAAUGCAAAAUAUCCCAUUCUUUUGCAUGAUGCUGUGCAGCUUAAAAUUGCAAGAGGCAGCACAGAGCAUGCAGAAUGCACAGCAUUCACUUCUGUAGCUUAAAAUAGAAAAUAUCCGAAUUAUCAAAUGUCUGAUAAAGAGCAUGGAAAGUAUGUAUGGUAACCCUUUUACAGCCACAGCAAUUAACAGGUGUAAUUUAGAGACAAAAAAAUUAAAAAAAAAUUCUGACAUUAAUGAUUCUUUGAACUGGUUGCUCAGUUUUAUUAAUGUAUUUUAUUAAGUCAUUUUUGUGACUUAUUAUUCCCAAGUAUAACUAUUUACUCUUCUAGGUCUGUAACUCCAGUUGUGUUGCAUGAUUUCUUUAAAGUUCAUAUUGUGCUUCCAUAAGCAGCUAACACACAGGAAAGUGCGCAAGUUCUCUUGUAACGUGUAGUUGGGCACAAUUUGCUGUCCAUUACUAUAUGAGCCUUAAAAUGAAGAAAACAAAAUUCCAGUAGAUGCAUAUGCACUGUGGGUGGGGAUAGCCCAUAUCUCUGUUGAUGAGCUUUUAUUUGAGAGGGCAUUCAAAAUGCUAUAAUCUUUUUAUGCUUUAAAGCUGAACUACAAGAAUGUGACAGUUCUCCCCAGCAAUGCAAAGGUUAAAUGCUUGUUCAGUAUAGUGGGAGCUUAACAUGCAUUAUUACUCACUGGACUCCUCACUCUGGCACUGUCCUCUUUCCAAAGCUCCAAACUGGAUGGGACAUCUGCAUCAUGUGCAGUGCAAGGCAACCCGUAUGGCACAUGGUGGAGGGCACAACCGAAAAACCUUAGGAGGAUGCAGGGGACCAGUCGCGUGGUUUGAGGGCGUCUGCCAGAGCCAGGAGUAGUUGAAGUCUUCUAGUCUAUGUCCCAUAGACUAAACAAGUGUUUAACCCUGGCGGGUGGGGGGGCACUGCAAGGGUUGUUUUGUCACAUUCCUGGAGUUUAGCUUUAAUAGAUUUAAGUAAAUGUAGCUUAAUUGAGAUUUUGUUUAUACAAGAGUUGUUUGUCCUUCAAUUUUACUUGAGAAAUACAGAAUUCAGUCAUUAAAGCGAACCUUUGAGGAGAGAUUUAAGCAGCAGUCCUAGAUGAGUGUUGACAUAUGUUACUAUACAUAACUUUCCCACUGGUAGUUGUCAUUCCACUUCUGCUUAAAUACUCCAGCUGCAAUGGAACUUUUACCAUUACGUGAGACUGUGUACAUCCUUUGCCCCAUGCCACAAUUUGGUGCCCAGGGCCUUAGCAUAGGCCUGCAGGAGUAUUCUAAAUAAUGCCCGAGUGAUAAAUAAGGGGUUAUGCCACCAUGUACUGUUGGCUUGCAGUGCAGAUCAGACCAGUAUCACAAACUGCCAAUCAGUAGCCCAAAAUAGUCUAUUGUACAGCACUCAGUGCAUGCUAAGGUCUAAAAGCUACAGGCACUUGUGUUUUAUAUGUGGUACAUAUUGAUGCCAACAUUGUUCUUUUGAAUUAAAAAUUACAUGUCUGUUCCUGUAAGCAGCAUUAAAAAAAAAAAAAAAAAAUGCAUCAAACACUUUUUUAAUGUCGUCUGUAGAAGCCAACUUAUGAAUGUUGCAUGUGAUUCAUGUUUAGUGGAACCCUCUCCAUAGUUCUGUAUUCCUCAAGCAAAAGUGCACCGGCAUGGUUAACAAUCUCUGGGAUGCACGUCCAACAUGGUUUUUACCCAUGCCUGUACACAUUGUUGUGAUUUUUGAGUUUCGUAACACCUCCUGUGCCAUGGUCCCCUGUUAAAGGCCAAGUUUACAUUUUCACUAAAAUGGCCCAUGCUGACAAGGGGCCCCCAGUGUAUCAAAAAAAAUGCCCUGUUCCCUUUGGCAAAAUAUAGUUUAGGUGUUUGAUUCCUGGAGGCCUGUGUGCCCGAGUACAGUGCUCUCGAUCUUUUAUACAAGCAAAGCUUGGGCACUGGAGUGUGCAUGCGUGACUUUUGGGGGGGGGGGGGAGAACACUGGGAACCAGCAGCCAGCAUCUGACGUGCCCACGUGCUACCAGUGAAAAGAGGAUUUAAACCAUAUGGGAGUGUGUGUAUGUCAGGCUUGGAGGAUGCCAGCUCAGGUCUGCAGGUAUGGCAAAACACUAUUUUGCAAAACUGCACAGGGCAUUUUUAACAUGCUGGGACCCCUUGUCAGCAUGGGCAGAUUGAAGUAAACCUGGCCUCUAAACAGGAGAAAAACCUUAUAUGGAUUAAAACAACAUUGUACGCAAAGCCUCAUUGUCCCCGAAGACCACGCUGUAAUACUUUAUUUUUUAUGUUUAAUGAUCUCUAGAAAAAAUAAAAUACUUCAGUGUCAUAAUCCUCUCCUCCAGGAUUGGCAAACUGCUUGAUGCCAUUGUAUAUGGGUAUAUUAUAGACAUUUAGAAAAUCAAUUGGAUGUAAAUUUGCAUUGGUUUGGAAAGAUAUUUUACUUAGUCCACAACAUUACUGUAAUAUUCAAUGCAUUAGCCUUUUUUCCUUUUUGCUAUAUUUGGAAAUGAUGCCAAAAUUUUUAUAUUUCCUUAAUGUGUUCUUUUCAGUGGCACAUCAUAUACAUAUAUGUACAAAUAAAAUGGGGUACAAUUAACUUUAUCCUCAGAUUGAGUGUUCCCAAGCAGUAAUAACUUGGUGUUGUGAUGUACAGAAAUGGAGAAAAGUAUUAAACCAUAUUUAAGAAUA